AUGCGUGCUCGAACGUGGGGCUGUAGGAAUGUGGGAAUGUUCGACGUUGCUAAGGCGGGGAGGGCCAAUUCUCAGAUGGCCAAGACACCCAUCUCGAUGGGCAGGCAAACGGACACACAUUCACACACACACACACACACAGCAACAGUCUCGCCUCCUCUGGCACCCUCGUCAAUAAACCGUAUUGAUUGCACAUGGUUGCCUACUUGUGGCGGUGAAUGCAGGUCUGUGCAAUCAUUGUCUCGCCGAUUACGUCACCUCGAGGCAUAG